AUGUCAUACCUGGUGAAACAGCUAUGGAGACCAUACUUACACAACAUCGCCUCCAAGUCAUUUGUCGCGGACAAUGGCGAACACUACAAGAUACCUAGUGGCACCUAUAGAUGGGCAGAGCCGCUCGGCAAGAAGCUAAUUAUCCUCGACGUUGAUAGCCGGCCAAACACAAACACUGGCGAGAUAUUGAAUAGCGAAAAGCCAGAGCUAGCGAAGAUAACAGGCCGGACCGCUGGGUUUAUGAAUCAUUAUCUCUAUUCAAUGAUUCACGGAUACGACUACCGACUUGUGCGGGCCCCUAAUUACAACGAUCGACAUGGCACCUGGGUUAAGGUUCCCAUGAUAAAAGAAGCACUCAAAUCUCAUAGCGUUGUAGUGUUUCUCGACGCAGAUGCCGAAUUCAUUCAUCCUCAUCUCCCACUCGAAUGGCUGAUGAGCCUUUGGAACAUAACGCCACGGACGCUGAUCGCCAUGGCCGAAGAUCCCGAUGAGGAUUUCAACAAAGAUUCCAAGGGCCGAUUACUUUGGAAUACAGGAUUCAUUAUCGCCCAGCAGAGUAAUCAAACUCAAGAAAUGUUUGAUGCGUGGGAAAACUGCCCGACUGGUAACCGUUACCCCGGCUGCGAUCGAUGGUUAAAAGAAUGGGCGCACGAGCAAGCAGCUUUUGGAUAUCACCUCCGUUAUGACUACAACGAACCAGACGAAUUACGUGUUAUUCCUUGUGAUCAUGGUAAUGGCGCGCCAUAUAUCGGCAACGACAAAUGCCGUGGUGUCUUUGUCCGUCAUCACUGGAGAGACAAGGAUCGUACCAUUCAAAGUUUUUACGAUUCAAUUCUCAAUCUAUUUGUUCGAAGACUACAUGGACAAUUCCAUGAUCCAGCGGAUCGUAACUUUUUAGACGCGAGUAGUUACCAGUACCCAAUAGAUGAUCUCUUUAUAUAA